CGCAACGGCGUCGGCGGCAGCAGUUUCUCCUGAGCUCCUGUAGGCGCUGUUCUUCAGGAUUCCUUCCUAAUGAGAGGAUCCGGAACAUUGGGAUCUCAGCCCACAUCGACUCAGGGAAGACGACAUUAACAGAGAGAAUUCUUUUCUAUACGGGCAGGAUUGCACAGAUGCAUGAGGUGAAAGGUAAGGAUGGAGUUGGAGCUGUCAUGGACUCAAUGGAGCUAGAGCGACAGCGUGGAAUCACAAUUCAGUCUGCAGCAACAUACACCAUGUGGAAAGACAUUAACAUCAACAUCAUAGACACACCAGGGCAUGUGGACUUCACAAUUGAAGUGGAGAGAUCUUUGCGAGUUCUUGAUGGAGCUAUUCUGGUUCUCUGUGCUGUUGGAGGAGUUCAGUGCCAGACAAUAACCGUGAACAGGCAAAUGAAACGUUACAAUGUGCCAUUUUUAACAUUCAUCAACAAACUGGACAGACAGGGCUCUCAUCCAGCCAGGGCAGUACAACAGUUGAGAUCCAAGUUAAAACACAAUGCAGCUUUUGUUCAGAUUCCAAUUGGGCUGGAGGGAAACUUUAAAGGAAUUAUUGAUCUCAUUGAAGAAAAAGCUAUAUAUUUUGAUGGUGAGCUUGGCCAGAAUCUUCGGUAUGAUGAAAUUCCAGCUGAAUUUAGAGCUGAGGCCGCAGAGAGACGUCGGGAAUUGAUUGAAUGCGUUGCUAACUCAGAUGAUCAGCUUGGGGAGCUGUUUUUGGAAGAGAAGAUUCCUACACCUGCUGAGUUAAAGCUUGCAAUCAGAAGAGCAACACUGAAGAAGUCCUUUACCCCAGUACUUGUGGGAAGUGCUUUAAAGAACAAAGGAGUACAGCCGUUGCUGGAUGCUGUCCUGGAGUACCUCCCCAAUCCUUCAGAGGUUGAGAACUACGCUAUCCUUAACAAGCAGGAUUCUGAGGACAAAGCCAAGUUCCUCUUGAACUCUGCUCGAGAUGAUUCCCAACCUUUUAUAGGCCUUGCUUUUAAACUGGAGGCUGGACGUUUUGGGCAGUUAACCUAUAUUCGCGCCUAUCAGGGCAUGCUGAAGAAAUCCGACUAUAUAUAUAACACUAGAACUGGGAAGAGAGUGCGCGUACAGAGACUUGUCCGUAUGCAUUCGGACAACAUGGAGGAUGUAAAUGAAGUUUAUGCAGGAGACAUAUGUGCGCUGUUUGGAAUAGAUUGCGCUAGUGGGGAUACAUUCACUGAUAAAACCAGUACUGACAUUUCUAUGGAAUCAAUCCACAUCCCUGAUCCUGUCAUUUCAGUAGCUAUGAAGCCUUCCAACAAGAACGACUUUGAUAAAUUUGCAAAAGGCCUGGGCCGCUUUACAAAGGAAGAUCCCACUUUCAGAACCCAUUUUGAUGAUGAGAGCAAAGAGACCAUUGUUUCUGGAAUGGGGGAACUGCACUUGGAAAUCUAUGCCCAGCGAAUGGAAAGGGAAUAUGGUUGCCCCUGCACCAUAGGAAAGCCGAAAGUUGCCUUUAGGGAGAGCAUUUCUGCCCCUGUGCCGUUUGAGUAUACGCAUAAGAAACAGACUGGUGGAGCAGGCCAGUAUGGCAAAGUUAUAGGAGUGCUUGAGCCCCUGGAUCCAGAGAACUACACAAAAGUAGAGUUUGAAGACAGAACCAUUGGGACAAAUAUUCCAAAACAAUUUGUGCCUGCUAUUGAAAAGGGAUUCCGAGAAGCAUGUGAAAAGGGUCUAGUGUCAGGGCACAGGAUCUCUGGAGUGCGGUUUGUCCUAGAAGAUGGUGCACAUCACAUGGUGGACUCCAAUGAAAUCGCUUUCAUCAGAGCAGGAGAAGGAGCCCUGAAGCAAGCUAUGGAGAAUGCCACUGUGCGUAUACUUGAACCCAUUAUGGUGGUGGAGGUGAUGGCACCCACGGAAUUCCAAGGAGCAGUGAUAGCUGGAAUUAAUCGCCGUCACGGUGUGAUCACAGGGCAAGAUGGCAUAGAGGAUUACUUUACUCUUUAUGCUGAGGUGCCACUGAAUGAUAUGUUUGGAUAUGCUACUGAGUUGAGGUCUUGCACAGAGGGAAAGGGUGAAUAUACGAUGGAAUACUGUAAAUACCAACAGUGUUCACCCAGCACUCAAGAAGAAGUAAUUAACAAAUACCUCGAAGCAACAGGGCGACUCCCUGCAAAAAAGGGCAAAGUCAAAAACUGACUCUUUUCCUGUCAUGUACAUUGAAUGUUUUUUUCACAAUAUUCUCCCAAAGCUCCAUUGCCCAAGCUGUGACAGCAGUCAAGCCUGGCUGGAUAAGUGCAAGCUGCAGCAGGACUUGGACUUUUCAUUUCAUCGUAGUAUCCUUCCUUUGUGGUGUUCUCAGAAGCCACCAGGAGAUUACAGAAUUGUUCACAUGUAAAUGCUACUCAUUAACAAAAUAUAUAAAUGUUCAAACACAGAUGUUAAUUUGUCUUGAUGUUAAUUUGUCUUAAUCCAUUUGUAGUAAAAUAAUUUUAAUUUUUUACUUGACACAUCAUUAUUUUGUAAUUAGGCCAGUUCCUGUUUCCCUGGUUUUGAAAGUUUAGAAAUUUUUAUUCAGGAGACUUGGCAAACGCUGACCUGCUGGGCAGGUAUGGGGGGGAUAAGCCACAACCCCAUGCUCAGCGUUCUGUCACACGUCCUCCAAGCACAGAUCCUUUGGCAUUUCCAGCAUCCCUUCCAGAGAAUGAUUGUCACUUUUCCCUCCACAUCCUUCAGAAACCGUGCCAGAAGCCUCCAGAGUCUUUCUUGUCACCAGAUUUGCCUGUUGCUGACAGUAGGGGUAUUUAAAGAGGAUUGAGGAGAACGUAUGUAGAAGUUAACUCUCUGACACUGUGAGUGACAUGGAUUUACUUUAUGGCCUUGCUUUAUUGUUAGAAAACUAAACCAAAGUUUGCUUUUCCCAGAAUCUUCCAAUCAGGAGGACAUGUUACUGCUGAUGCUAGCUUGGGAAUCACUUGAAUGGUUCUUGAUCACUCAGAAGAGAGCUGAGACAAGGGUACUAUAGUUACGUGAGAAAGAGUAGUUACCAUUAUUUACUUGUUAAUUGCUACCAGUGGAUCCACACUGGGGUUUCUUUGCAUGGUCUGUCUUCCUGUCCUGCUCAGCUUAACAAUAUUUUUGCAGACUUCCAGUAAACAGAGAGUGAAUUUCCAGUUCAAAACUAGCCACAUUCCUGGCACAGAGUCAGGGUUGAUGGUUACCAGACACAGACAGAACUGUAGCAGCUGGGCAACUUCUCAGCCUUUGCAGGCAGACAGUGAAAAUUACUUACUUGAACCUCAAGAACAGUGAGAGAUUGGUCAUGGGUGGUUAAAUGCUGUCUAAACACAGGCAAAAUGUGUAUGAGUACAAUACUGCUUUGAGCCAAAUCCUUCUUGAUUCCCUUACACUCACAGCUUUGGUUUUGUGAGAAUACUCAGCUAGGACUUGUUUCACAAAAAGCCCUGCAGGUUCUUGUGACAUUUUGAGAUUUUUUCAAGCAAAUACAGCACGUUUACCAAAAGUCAAAGAUGGCUUAUAAAAGCAGAAUCAAUGCAAGGCAGAAAUGGGAUAGUUAUUUAUAUAUAUGGCUUCUAUGUUGUGCUUGGUUGAGGCCAGUUUUGCAGUGAAUUCCUUGCUCAUGGGUGCAGCCAGGGGAGCGCUGGUUCUCUGCAGACCUGGCACAAUGUGGUCCGCCCAGCUCAAGCACCGGAAAGAGAAUCUGUGGGUGAGGGAAGGCUCACAGGAAACUGGGGGGGGGGGAACUGGAGGUAGGGUGGAGAGCGAGAGCCUUGGGACACCCUGGCCUUUGUUUCUUUGAGCAUGAUGGAGCUUUUAUUUAGUCAAAUUUUAGGUAGUGCUCACAUUAUGUCAUAGUUAGGUGAACUCUUCCUAGCAGCAAAGAGGGAAAAGAGUGAUUCCUCUUCUCUUGCCUCCACCUCUUCCAAACAGGCUCUGCGUAGGUUUUGUAGCAUGGAGAAUUCACUGUGAACCUGCCCAGGCCUUACCUCAGACCAUGUCUGCAUUGAUGUAGCCAAGGAUUUUGCUGUAUGAUAGUGGGUUCUGGCCCACUAACUGAAAUCUUGGCCCUAAAGAAGCUGGUGGAAAUUUUGCCUUUGAGUUCCAACAGGUUUGCUACUUCUCCAGAAGUUACUGAGCAGCUUCUCAUCUGACAUGAGUUUGUGUUGCUUAUUAGUAAUCAGUAACACCAGUUUGGCAAGUUAAAAGUACCCAAUCCUCUCUUUGGUGUCUGGAGAGCCUCAUGAGGUAAGGGAACUGAACAUGCAGUUAGGCGUGUGCUAAAGUAGAGCCCCAAAGUCCAAAAUCUGUGCUAUUCUUUUAAUUCUAAAAAAUGUUUUCAUCACCAGUUUCUUUAAGAAAUGUUGCCAUUACAAGCUCUGAUUUCAUGCUUUAGAUGAUGGAGAAUGUUUUACCAGCAUGAAGGAAAACACCAGGAGUAUGUGAAAUGCUGCUUUAUGAAAUUUAUUGUAAUGCCUGUUAUGUGCUGAUAUAAAAAGCUUCAGUCAGUAAAAGUACAUUGGACUGUAA